CAGGGCGGAGCAUCCGGAGCCCAGCGGCGGCGUCGGCAAUGGGGGGUGAUGGGGACGGAUCCUAUGGGAAACACGGGACUCCGCACAAGUUCGACCCGACAUUCAAAGGUCCCAUCUAUGACAGGGGCUGCACGGACAUCGCCUGCUGCAUCCUGCUGCUCCUCGCCAUCGCAGGCUAUGUGGCUGUGGGCAUCCUGGCCUGGAGCUAUGGGGACCCCCGGAAGGUGAUUUACCCCACAGACAGCCGAGGGCAGUUCUGCGGCCAGCAGGGGACCCCCAAUGAGGGGAAACCUUUCCUGUUCUACUUUGACAUAGUGAAGUGUGCCAGCCCCUUGGUGCUGCUGGAGUUCCAGUGCCCGACCACACAGAUCUGUGUCAGUGAAUGCCCAGACAGAUUCCAGACCUUCCUGGAUGCCUCCAGCUCAUCCCAAGGGCUGGAAUACUACCGCAGGUUCUGUGUGCCCGAGUUCACCGGCCGGCAGAAGACUCCCAUCCAGGUGCUGAAGGACAAGGAAUGUCCGGCCGUGCUUAUCCCCAGCACCCCACUGGCUCGCCGAUGCUUCCCGGCCAUCCAUGCCAAGAAAGGCGUCAUCAUGGUUGGCAACGAGACCACCUACAACGAUGGCCGUGGCCAGCAGAGGAACGUCACCGACCUGCUGGAGGGAGCCAAGAAAGCCAACGUGGUCCUGGAAGCCAGACAGUUGGCCAUGAAGAUCUUCGAGGACUACACGGUCUCCUGGUACUGGAUCAUCAUAGGCCUGGUCAUCGCCAUGGUCGCCAGCUUGGUCUUCAUCGUCCUGCUCCGCUUCCUGGCCGGGACCAUGGUGUGGGUGAUGAUCGUGAUGGUGAUCCUGGUGCUGGGCUAUGGAAUCUUCCACUGUUACCUGGAAUAUGCGAAGCUGAAGGGGGAAAAGGGCUCAGACAUCUCCCUGCAGGACCUGGGCUUCCAGACCGACCUCCGUGUCUACCUCCACCUGCGGCAGACGUGGUUGGCCUUCAUGAUCAUCCUCAGCAUCCUGGAGGUUCUCAUCCUGCUGCUGCUCCUGUUCCUGCGCAAGCGGAUCCUCAUUGCCAUUGCUCUCAUCCGGGAGGCCAGCAGGGCCAUAGGGCACAUGAUGACCUCGCUGCUGUUCCCCUUGUGCACCUUCUUCCUCCUCUGCCUCUGCAUUGCCUAUUGGGCCAGCACCGCAGUCUUCCUGUCCACCUCCAACGAGGCCGUGUACAAGGUGUUCAAUGAAUCUGCCUGUCCCUUCGCCGGCCAGACCUGCACACCUGAGACCUUCCCCACCAGUAACACCAGUCUCCAGUGCCCUGACUCCCGUUGCCUCUUCGCCUCCUAUGGGGGCCAGUGCCGGUACCACCGGAGCCUCCCUGCCCUCCAGCUCUAUAACCUCUUCAUGCUCUUCUGGCUCUGCAACCUCAGCAUCGCCCUGGGCCAGGUGACUCUGGCCGGAGCCUUCGCAUCCUAUUACUGGGCCCUACGGAAGCCCCAGGACAUCCCAGCGUUCCCACUGUUCUCCUCCUUCGGGCGCGCGCUCCGGUACCACACGGGCUCCUUGGCCUUCGGCUCCCUCAUCCUCGCCGUCGUCCAGGUCAUCAGGGUCAUGCUGGAGUACCUGGACCACAGGUUGAAAGCUGCAGAGAAUAAAGUGGCCAAGUUCCUGCUGAGCUGCCUCAAAUGCUGCUUCUGGUGCCUGGAGAAGUUCCUCAAGUUCCUCAAUAGGAACGCCUACAUCAUGAUUGCCAUCUAUGGCACCAACUUCUGCACCUCUGCUCGCAAUGCCUUCCUGCUGCUGAUGAGGAACAUCAUCCGGGUGGCUGUGCUGGAUAAGGUCACGGAUUUCCUCUUCUUCCUCGGCAAGCUCCUCAUUGUGGGAAGUGUUGGAAUUCUCGCCUUCUUCUUCUUCACCCAUCGGAUAAAGCUGGUCCAGGACACGGCUCCAUCCCUCAAUUACUACUGGGUCCCUAUCCUGACGGUGAUCGUGGGCUCCUAUCUCAUAGCCCAUGGGUUCUUCAGUGUCUAUGGGAUGUGUGUGGACACCCUGUUCCUCUGCUUCUGUGAAGACCUGGAGAGGAAUGAUGGAUCCCGGGACCGACCGUUCCUCAUGUCCCCUGAGCUCAGCAGGAUCCUGCUCAAGGGCAGCCUGGAGCCUGCCCCCAGCCAGGGCUAAGGGAUGGGGCAGCAUCCGGUGCUCCUAUGGGAUGCACUGAGCGUGUUCCAUCCCCCCCCUGCUCCUUGCCCUGCUCUUCCCAUCCAUAGCCAUGGCUUGGGAUGAGCUUCCCAUAGGAUGCAAAGCUUCUGCUUCCAGCGUCACCGACUCCGUGCCUUGAGCCGAUGGGAUUGGGAACCGGAGCCUGGAGCCCUGAGGAGGUUUUGGCUCCGAGCAUCCCGAGUUCGGGAUCGUUUCCUUGCUCUUUGCUGGUGCUGGAGGGCUCAUAUAGAUCCCAUAUUCCCAGGCUGUGCUCCCGGAGCAUCCGGAGCUGUUGUCCCAAGGGCUGGAGCUCUGUUGGUGGCUUUGGGAUGGGUCCGAAGUGCUUGGUGCUUAUGGCAUGGAGCUGGCUCUGGAUUGCUCCAGAGAGGAUGGGAACGGCGUUCCCGGCAUUCCCAAGGGAUCUGCUUCCUGCUGCUCCCAAUUGGAUAAAGCCAUGACCCCCCCCCAGCCUCUGCUUCCUGCUCCAUGCUCUUCAGCAUCCCCAAUCCCAAUGGGGUUGCCUUGGAAGGGACCUCCGAGCUCCUGCAAUUCCAGCCCCCUGGAACACCAGGGACCCUUCCAUAGGCUGCUCCAAGCUGGAUAUGAACAGGGAUGGGGCAUUCCCACCUGCUCCCCAUAUCCCUCCACCCUCAUGGGGAGCUCUUGUGCCUCAGACCCCAUCCCAACCUCUCCUGUGGGGGAUUCCCUUGGCCCAUCCCUUCUCCAAAGCCCUUCUCCGGGUUUUCCAUAGGCUCCGGAGCUGCUCCAUGGUAUCCCUAUGGGGGGGGGCUCAGCAGCCAUCAGCAGCUAUGGGCUCCUCAGGCACCAAACCAGCAUCUCUGUGCCUUUAAGGGCUCCUGAAUGGGGAUGCGGGACCCCCACAUCCCACCCUAUGGGUCUGCCCCACAUCCCAACCUAUGGGUCUGCCCCCCCCACUGUGUGUGGGGCAAUG